AUGCUAACGUUUUGUCAAAUUACUGAUCCUUUGAAGCUUUGGCAAAAUUAUCGUGAAAGUAUGGCCGACGAUAUACUGCAUCGAAAACGACAGGAAUUGUCAUCAAAUGAUAUUAGUUUUGACCAAAUUAUAUUUGAUGAAGCUUUAUUUGAAUCAAACAAAGAAGUGGAAGUUUUAUCGGGGAAAUCUAAAGUACAUUUUGGUUUUCCCUUACCGAUAAACAUAAAUAGAACAACAAUUAAUAUUGAGUGUUUAAUAGAGAGAAGUUAUGAUCAACAGCAACUAUUAUUGUCCGUUCAAAAUGAAAAUCAAUUAAACCGUGAACAAAGAAUUGUAUAUGAUUCAGUAAUGUCGUCUGUUAACAAUAAUGAAGGCAAAAUAUUAUUUUUAGAUGCUCCUGGGGGCACGGGUAAAACUUUUUUGACAAAUUUACUUCUUGCAAAAGUAAGAUAUGGUGGAAAAAUUGCUCUUGCGGUAGCGUCAUCUGGCAUUGCAGCUACGCUAUUAGUAGGGGGCCGAACAGCUCAUUCUACAUUUAAACUUCCUUUGAAAUAUGAUAGUGACGAUAUUACGAGUGUCUGUAACGUUUCAAAGCAAAGUGGUACUGGUAAAUUGAUGCAGGACUGUUGUCUAAUUAUUUGGGAUGAAGCGUCAAUGUCCCAAAAAACUUCAGUUGAAGCUUUAGAUAGAACGAUGCGAGACUUGCGUCAUAAUAAUAGUCCUAUGGGUGGCUGCACAGUGUUGUUCUCUGGAGACUUCCGUCAGAUCUUGCCUGUGGUUACAAGAGGGACAAGAAAUGAUGAAGUCAACGCGUCAUUGAAAAGAUCCUACUUAUGGCCUUAUAUAAAAAUAUUAGGACUUAAAACUAAUAUGAGAGUGCUAUGUACAGAUCAAGAUAAUAUAAAUUUUGUCAAAGAUUUACUUUUAAUAGGCAAAGGAGAAUUUCAAGCAACGAAUGAUAAAAUAAAUAUUAAAAGUUUCUGUAAUUCAGUACCCACUAUAACAAAAUUGAUUCAAAACGUGUACCCGAAAAUUCAAAAUAUAUCUUCUAAAUCAUUGAAAUGGUUUCAAGAAAGGGCUAUUUUGUCACCAACAAAUGAGCAAGUCGACAAAAUAAAUGAUUUGAUUCUAUCUAGGUUUGACGCUCAAUCACAAAUGUACUAUUUAGUUGAUACAGUUUUAGAAAAAGAGGAUGCAGUCCAUUUCCCAACUGAAUUUCUUAACUCUUUAACACCUCCUGGAGUCCCACCACAUAAACUGAUUUUAAAAAUAGGGGCACCUAUUAUUUUAAUGAGAAAUUUGAGCCCACCCACACUUUGCAACGGUACAAGACUACAAAUCAAAAAAUUGAGAAGUUCAUUACUCGAGUGCAUAAUAUUAACAGGCUGUGGUAAUGGAAAAACUGUUUUAAUACCAAGAAUACCAAUUAUACCCUCAGAUUUACCUUUUAAGUUUAAACGUAUUCAAUUUCCCGUUAAAUUAGCAUUUGCAAUGACUAUAAAUAAGGCACAGGGACAAACACUUAACGUUGCUGGAAUUGACCUAAGCGUUCAAUGUUUUUCUCACGGUCAACUAUACGUCGCCCUGUCACGUGUGACAUCCAAAUUUAAUUUGUAUAUUUUUGCCCCUGAUCCAGAAAAAGUUGAUAACGUUGUUUAUAAAGAAAUUUUUUAA